CUGGAUGAUUUUGACCGACGGAUUUUUAUAAGAUCCGAUUCCGAUCUCCUGCCGGAAUUUUUGGUCCGGAGUCCUGGACGGCUCUUCCUCACCUCCGAUAAUCUCGAGGCUAUUUCCUGUCCUUUCUUCUUCGUCUUCUCCUCUGGUUUGAUCCAAACAAAUUGCCAAUAAUGGAGCAGCACAAAGUCAAUGAAAACCAAGCGGAGCCGCCGAAGCAAUUAUCGUCGCAGAUUAACCAUGAGCAGCAGCAGCAGCGGCAUCAGCAAUCCGCCUAUCACUCCACCGAUUACGCUCCGUACCCUAAGCUAGACCCCGAGGACGUUGCUCCGCCUCCCGAAAACUGGACAUCCGUCUCCGUGGGAGCCGAAUCGCAGCCGAAUACUGGUCCAGCUCCGAUCGAAGGCAGCGCAGCCACCACCAUGCCGGUUGAGUCCAAUCCCUAUGUUUCGGCUUCACCGGCUCAAUCGUCCUCUAUGAAGAGUAAAGUUGAUUCAGUCAAGGAUGUGUUAGGGAAAUGGGGAAAGAAGGCAGCGGAGGCCACGAAGAAGGCUGAAGAUCUUGCUGGAAACAUGUGGCAGCAUUUGAAAACCGGGCCUAGUUUUGCUGAUGCUGCUGUGGGAAGAAUUGCUCAUAGCACAAAAGUCCUUGCUGAGGGUGGUUAUGAGAAGAUCUUUCCACAAACAUUUGAGACUGUUCCGGGGGAGAAGCUUCUGAAGACAUAUGCUUGCUAUCUUUCAACAUCUGCAGGUCCAGUUAUGGGAGUCUUGUAUUUUUCCACCGCAAAACUUGCAUUUUGUAGUGACAAUCCUCUUUCUUACAAAGUUGGUGAAGAGACACAGUGGAGUUAUUAUAAGGUGGUUAUUCCACUACAUCAGCUGAGGGCAGUCAACCCAUCAACAAGCAGAGCCAAGCCAACUGAGAAAUACAUCCAAGUUAUAUCAGUCGACAACCAUGAAUUUUGGUUCAUGGGUUUUGUGCAAUAUGAUAAUGCUGUGAAAAAUCUUCAAGCAGCAUUACAGCCCCACAACUCGUAAUGUGCUCGGAUCAAACACUACUUCAAGUCCCCAAAAGGUGCAUCACAUCACCCGCAACUGUACGUAGAAAAUAUACCUGAGAUAAUAUAUGCAUGUUAUUCAUUGAUUUUAUUUGCAGGCACCGUGAUAUUCCUAUUUUUUCAUUUUGAACUCAAUAUUUGCUGGCAGAUAUUUCUGAGCUAUUUAUGUUUUUGUACAUUACAUUGCUAUUGAGAGAUGAAAAUAUGUUGGUAUUGUUAAAUGGUGAUCAUAGAAUUAUUGAU